GGUUGGUAAAUCCACACAGUACGCGAAAGAAAGGAUCAAAUUAUUAAAAAAAAAUUAAAAAAAUCACAGUCUCUCCUCUUUUCUUUUAUCCGCUAGGGUUUUGAAGCAAGGUUUCGCUUGUGCUCGAUUAUCGCAUCCAUGGCGAAACCAAGUCGUGGCCGUCGUUCCCCAUCGGUGUCUGGGUCGUCAUCUCGGUCCAGUUCCAGAUCUCGUUCCCGCUCGGGUUCGAGUCCAUCGAGGUCUCUUUCGCGCUCCCGGUCCCGUUCUAGAUCGGUCUCUUCAUCUUCAUCUCCUUCGCGGAGCGUCAGUUCAGGGAGUCGCAGUCCUCGACCUCGUAGAAAGAGUCCUGCUGCUGGACCUGCUAGGCGAGGUCGCUCUCCUCCUCCACAAUCUAAAGGAGCCUCUUCACCUCCUACGAAAGCUACACCUAUUCAAGAGUCUCUUGUUCUCCAUGUUGAUUCUCUUAGCAGGAAUGUGAAUGAAGGCCAUCUGAAAGAAAUCUUUGGCAACUUUGGCGAAGUUAUACACGUUGAGCUUGCCAUAGAUCGAGCUGUUAAUCUUCCAAAAGGAUAUGCUUAUGUUGAGUUUAAGGCAAGAGCUGAUGCUGAGAAAGCGCAGCUAUUUAUGGAUGGUGGCCAGAUUGAUGGAAAUCUUGUUAAAGCAAAGUUCACACUACCACCACGUCAGAAAGUAUCUCCACCCCCUAAACCUGUCUCAACUGCACCAAAAAAAGAGGCUCCAAAAUCUGAUAACGCUGGUGCUGACAUUGAGAAAGAUGGGCCCAAGCGACCCAGAGAGGCUUCGCCGCAACGGAAAACCGUACUUUCUCCAAGAAGGCGAUCACCUCUACCUAGGAGAGGCGCAUCACCAAGGAGAUUACCUGAUUCUUCCCCUCGCCGGAGGCCAAGCCCCCCUAUCCGCCGUCGCGGCGAUACACCACCUAGGCGCAGGCCAGCAUCACCAUCUAGAGGCCGUUCUCCAUCUUCCCCUCCUCCAAGACGACAUAGAUCUCCUCCAAGGGGCUCCCCUAGAAGAAUCCGUGGCAGUCCUGUUCGAAGACGCUCUCCUCCUCCUCUAAGGCGAAGGUACGUAUAUGGUCACCUCCAAGGAGACUACGCAGUCCUCUCAGAAGAUCUCCAAUCCGCAGGCGUAGCCGAUCCCCAAUUCGUAGACCUGGUCGCUCUCGUUCAAGGUCCAUCUCACCCCGCAGGGGACGAGGAGGCCCAGCUGGGAGACGUGGGAGGUCAUCUUCUUACUCUAGUUCGCCAAGUCCCAGAAGGGUUCCUAGGAAGAUUUCAAGGAGCCGCAGUCCCAGGAGGCCACUGAGAGGAAAAAGAAGCAGCAGUAAUAGCAGCAGCAGCAGCAGCCCGCCUCCUCGCAAAACAUAAAAAAUAUUUUCAAAACAAAAAACCUCUGUUAUCUCUCUCGGCCUCUUUUCUUAGAACAGUCACCAGUGACCAAAUGGGAGGUUGUUGCUGUGUAGUUUUCGUAGUGUUGGAUAUUUUAACCUUGUUUUGUGUAUCUCCCAUUAUCUGAUUUGAAUUUCAGUGGUCUUACAUGUUAUGAGUUAUGACUAUAGACUCUUUGAUUUUCCACACUCGCAUUAAAAAGCCAAGAGGAUGAGUUGUGACGAUGGACACUAGACGAGCACGAUCUUCUUUGGUGAUUUAGUUAGG